AAUUCACAAAUAGAUGUUGCUUUUACUAUGUUCGAACUUUAUUUAUUGCCAAAAACUACAAAAACUUCAUUUUUCGAACUCUGACUCCUCGACCAAUCUAAAUACCGGACGCUGAUCACGUGUUCCUGCUCUUCUUGACUCACGCAGAAGCUUAGACUUUCUUUUCGCUUCUCGCCCCCAUUUACGUAUAUAAUCACCCAUGCUAUGCCAUGAUAUGCAAUUUAGCAAAACUUAUUUUAUGAGUUCUCUCAUUUAUUGAUCUCGCCUUCGGGCGCGGUGUAUUUUAAAUACACCUCUCAAAUUUUUAACUUUAUGGCCUAUGGUAAAAUUAUAAUAUACUGGUAAGAGCUCCUAGUAGCUAAAGCCAGCAGUAAAGAUAUGAUCCAAGAUCCUGUCAGAAGUGGAAAAACAAAACUGCACCGACAGCGAAAAUGCCAUCCAACGAAAUUUUACGAUCGCCGAACUCUUGCUGCAUAUUGUGGUUGAAUGGUUCGUAAUAGUAGUAAGGAGAGGGGCUUGAGAUGUGAGGUGGUGGCUUGGACUUCUACUGAUUUUAAUAUUGAAAUUUAUAUACCGUGUAGUUUAAAUCCUCUAUGAAAGAUAUUCAUCUUUCGAGUAGUGUGCCAUUUAUUUAUAUGUCAUUAGUAAAGUUUAUUUAUAUGAAACAUGGGAUUAUUAAAGCAUAUGCUACAUGCUAUUAUUACUGAAUCGUAGCCGGAAAGAAAAGAAACCUUUAAUAUAUGUUGAAGGUAUUCGAAUCCAAGGUAGAUUUUGCAAAGCCAUGAAUGUCUAUGUCUUCUGUGUACAUAUAUUGCAGAUCUUUAAAAAUUUGAAAACUGCCCAGUGAUGUGAAAUCUGAGUUAUGAAUGCAUAAAGACACAUAAAACAUGCACAUGCAUAAAAAUGCCACAGUAACUUAGAACAUAACAGAACUCUGAGACAAAUGCAUACCAGUGCAGGUGAGAAUCUAUGUCAGUCUGAUACUAGUUGUGUAUUAACUGUGCCGAAAGUUAAUCUACAGCAACAUAUGUGUCCUGUGUGUUCCAAAUCAUUUACACGGAAAUAUCAUUUAAAAGACCAUGCACUUACCCACACGUCUGAGAAACCACAUGAAUGUUAUAUAUGUCACAAAUCAUUUUCAUAUAAAGGAGAUUUAAACAAACAUAUACGUAUUCAUACUGGUGAAAAACCUUACAAAUGUGUUAUAUGUAACAAGACAUUUGCUCGUAUAAGUCACUUAAACAGGCACAAGCUUAUUCACACUGGCGAGAAACCUCAUGAAUGUGAUAUAUGCAAGAAGUCGUUUGCUCAGAAAGGUCACUUAAGCACACACAUGCUUAUCCAUACAGGUGAGAAAGUGCAUGAAUGUAUUAUCUGUAGUAAGUCUUUCGCAACCAAAACAGAGUUAAAAAGACAUAUGCCUGUCCACAAUGCUGAAAAGUCGCAUGUAUGUGAUGUAUGUGCCAAAGCAUUUACACGCAAAGGUUCCUUAAGCACACAUAUGCUAAUCCAUGCAAGUGAAACUCCAUAUGGUUGUGAUAUAUGUACCAAAACAUUUGCACAAAAAGGUCAUUUGCAUACACAUAUGCUUAUUCAUACUGGUGAAAAGCCACACAAAUGUGUUACAUGUGGUAAGUCAUUUGUACAGAAGAGUGGCUUAAAUAGGCAUAUUCUUACUCAUACUGGUGAAAAGCAUCAUGAGUGUUAUAUAUGUAGUAAGUCAUUUGCCAGCAAUAGUCAUUUAAAAAGACAUAUGCUUGUCCAUAGUGGUGCAGGUACAAUGUCAGUGUUUUAUGACAGGGUUUCUCAGCCUAUGGGUCAGAAUCUCCAGCAAGAGAAUAUCACAACCUCAGGAGAAGAUUUGCUCAUUCCAGAUUAAUUUAUUGAAACUGUAACAAAAGAUGGUAAUUUCUGAUUAUCCACAUACACGAAUUGUAUUGAUGAGGCAACGCAUUGCGUGGAACUACUCUUAUAUGCGCCCACAGGUCGGCCAAUGCAGCGACAAAUUUUUUGGCCAAACAUUUUUGGCGAGAAACUCCACACUGCCAUAUUACUAUCUACUAUACUCUAUGCCAUACUACUAUAAAUUUUUUGUCUAAAUUUCAAACUUUAAGCCUAAAAUGUCUUCAAAAACGCAGUUUUCGCACAUGCAAAAAACACGUUUUGAACACGCAAUUUAAGCUAAAAAUCCGAAACAAAAACAAAA